UCUUCAUAAUCUGCUCGGCACAUAAGCAUGCUGUACAUCAACAUUGGAACGGUGACCCUUUUUCUGGCAACUUGCAUUGCGGAACCGCUAUGUCCCAAUGGCACCAUUGAAAAGGAAAACGCUACUGCAAUAAUUGACAAACUGAAUCAGCCAAGAAGAAAUUUAGCAGACGGUUUGCAAGCUACUGCGGAUGGUGCAUUACUACCUCCUGCUAAAAACAUGAGCGACUUGCAGUGGGAUUGCGAGGUCGAAGAAGCCUUAAUCGAGAUGACUUCUAAAUUAUGCCCUACACCUGGAGGCGUGGAUGUUGCUCUUGACUAUAGUUUCUUUUGGUUUCCCUUCAAUCCCGAGAAUGAUGGAAAUCUUCUUGAUUUUCUCACAGAGGAACUUGCAAAAAUAGAAGAUGAAGCACCAACGAACAUCACGAGCGAUGCCGUUGUAUACAACCAUGAUAAUAAUUAUGGGUAUGCGCUGGCUUACUAUUCGAACAUCGUGAGAGCUAGCACAAAAAAGUUCGCAUGCAUUAAAGUAGAUGGUGAUUGUUAUGUUUUUGAUACUGACAAUCUCUUGCUAUUUUGCGCUACAGAGCAACCAGAGCUUCAAAUUGGUGACAUAGUGUACGAGAUUGCAAAGGUUACAACUACUACUACGACAGCUAGUAUAACUUCAAAACCGGUCGCGUCAUCAAUGACUACAUCAACAUCACCAACGAUCACAUCAACAUCAUCAAUGACUACAUCAAUAUCAUCAAUGACUACAUCAACAUCACCAAUGACUACAUCAUCAAACGAUGGACUAAACGCUACUCAAUGCGCAAUACCAUCAACAACGCCAAAAUGUGCGACGAUAUCUUCAAGAAAAUUGAAAAGGGACGUAAAAGCUGCACUUCUUGCAAAUCUUCUUAUGGACAAAUCGAAUGCUCCAACAACAGGAGCAGCCAAAAAUAUACAUCGUAAGCAAAUUCGCCACCCCGAAACGCCCGUGGUUCUAUCCGUUCGUCGCACUCGAGCAACCAGGAAAGCUACGGCAAAGAAUUAAAUUCGUUAUUUAGUACAGAACUAGCAUGUUUUCUGUGGUCAUGCUCUUGUUUUGACAUGUUCCUGGAAAAUAAAUUACUCAAAU